CUCGAAGAAGAAGGAAGAGGAACAGAGAUACAAGAAGAAGAAGAAGAAGAAGAAGAAAAAGACGUUCUUCGUCUUCAUUCAUCCUCCAUUGCUCUCUAGUCCUUCCUUCACGCAAGACAAGAGCUCCGUUGUCUUCGUCGUCCAGCUCAAUUGAACCUUCUUACGAAGGCGUUUAAUAGCCCAGAGCUUUGGGACAAACAACUUCUCUGGGGUUGUUUCUGGACAGAGUAUGGGUAAUAAGAGUACCUGAUCACCAAUGGAAAGAAAGCAGCAUAUUGCAAUUUUUACCACUGCAAGCUUACCAUGGAUGACUGGAACAGCUGUAAACCCACUCUUCCGAGCUGCCUAUCUCUCGAAAGAUGGACAAAGAAAUGUCACUUUGGUGAUUCCUUGGUUGUCCUUGGAAAACCAAGGGUUAGUGUAUCCGAACAAUAUCACAUUCAAGUCCCCCGCAGAGCAUGAGCAAUAUGUCUGUCAGUGGCUUGAGGAGAGAAUUCCGUUCAAGUCUACUUUUGCUAUACGAUUUUAUCCUGGAAAGUUUGCCACAGACAAGAGGAGCAUUCUUCCUGUUGGAGAUAUUUCAGAAAUCAUUUCAGAUGAAGAGGCAGACAUUGCAGUCCUUGAAGAGCCAGAGCAUCUAACGUGGUACCAUCAUGGGAAGAGAUGGAAGAGCAAAUUCCGUCUUGUCAUCGGGAUUAUUCACACAAAUUACUUGGAAUAUGUUAAGAGAGAAAAGAACGGACGCAUUCAAGCAUUUCUUCUCAAACAUGUUAAUAGCUGGGUUGUUGGUAUAUACUGCCACAAGGUAAUCAGAUUAUCUGCUGCCACUCAGGAGUAUCCAAAUUCAAUCAUCUGCAAUGUGCACGGAGUUAAUCCCAAAUUUCUUGAUAUUGGAAAGAAGAAGAUGGAGCAACAACAAGACGGUAAACAGGCUUUCAGCAAAAGCGCCUAUUACAUUGGGAAGAUGAUCUGGAGCAAAGGCUACCAGGAACUACUUAAACUUCUGAAAGAUCACCAGAAGGAGCUGCAGGGCCUUGAGAUUGAUCUAUAUGGGAAUGGGGAGGAUUCUGAUGAAGUUCGGGAAGCCGCAAAAAAGUUGGAAUUAGUAGUCAGAGUUUUCCCUGGGCGAGAUCAUACUGAUCCUAUAUUCCAUGACAAUAAAUUGUUCCUAAACCCGAGCACCACCGAUGUGGUCUGCACCACCACCGCUGAAGCUCUGGCCAUGGGGAAACUCGUAGUCUGCGCCAACCACCUAUCAAAUGAAUUUUUCAAGCGAUUCCCGAAUUGCCGAAUUUACAAUGACAACAAGAAAGACUUUGUGGAGACGAUUCAGAAGGCACUUGUGGAAGAGCCUGCUCAAAUGACUGAAACCCUCAGAUACGAGCUCUCGUGGGAAGCAGCCACAGAACGGUUCCUUAAGGCUGCUCAGUUGGAUCAGGCAGCAUCUACUAGUGAUAGAAUGGGAAGAGCUCCUUCCAAGAAGUUCAUGUCCACCUCUCUAAGUCUUAAGCAAAACAUGGAGGAUGCUUCAGCUUAUUUACACUACUUGGCUUCUGGGUCUGAAAUAUCUCGGAGAGCAUUUGGAGCAAUUCCGGGGAGCUUGGAACCAGAUGAAGAGCUGUGUAACGAGCUUGCAUUGCCGAAACCUAAGUCUCUUGGAAGACAGGGUUCAAGGAAUUAAAUGGGAAAUAUACUACUUAGUUGGAAUUGAUUGGACAUUGUCUCGUCGACCAUGCUUACUCCAUGUACAUUUAUUUGAAUGAUGAAUCUAACAGAAUGAGGGAGUUAUCGUUUUGCUGGGUUCUGAUUUAUUUUGAUUGGCGAAAA